GCCAUGGACGGGGACCGGGUGGACAUAGACGGCGGCAUCAUGGAGGGGGGCGGGCAGAUCCUGCGCGUCUCCACGGCGCUGAGCUGCCUGCGCGGGCUCCCGCUGCGCGUGCGCAGGAUCCGCGCCGGCCGCAGCCAGCCCGGCCUCAGGCCUCAGCAUCUGAUGGGCCUGGAGAUGAUUCGGGAUUUGUGUGAGGGGAAGCUGGAGGGUGGCGAGAUCGGCUCCACGGAAAUCACCUUCACUCCUGGCAAGAUCAAGGGCGGGACCCACCUGGCGGACACCAAAACAGCAGGGAGCGUGUGCCUACUGAUGCAGGUAGCAAUGCCCUGUGUGCUGUUUGCUGCUUCCCCAUCAGAACUUCAUUUAAAAGGUGGGACUAAUGCUGAGAUGGCUCCUCAGAUAGACUACACAAUCAUGGUUUUCAAGCCAAUUGUUGAAAAGUUCAAUUUCACAUUCAAUUGUGAUAUAAAAAAGAGGGGCUACUAUCCCCAAGGAGGUGGUGAAGUUAUAGUCCAGAUGUCACCAGUCAAGGAGUUGAGCCCAAUAAACCUAACAGAACGUGGCACUGUGACAAAGAUAUAUGGAAGAGCAUUUGUUGCUGGAGCUCUGCCUAUAAAACUGGCAAAAGACAUGGCGGCAGCAGCAGUGAGAUGUAUCAGAAAAGAAAUCAGGGAUCUUUACAUUAACAUUCAAUCAGUUCGAGAACCUGACAAUCAAGCUGUUGGGACUGGAAGUGGAAUAAUCAUUGUAGCAGAGACUUCAACAGGUUGUUUGUUAGCUGGGUCAUCACUUGGCAAGAGAGGAAAGAAUUCUGACAAAGUUGGCAUUGAAGCAGCAGAGAUACUGCUUAAAAAUCUUAAACAUGGUGGAGCUGUGGAUGACUCUCUGCAAGACCAACUGAUCAUUUUUAUGGCAUUAGCAAAGGGAGUGUCCAGAGUGAAAAGUGGACCAGUUACACUUCAUACUCAAACUGCUAUACACUUUGCAGAGCAGCUAACAGAGGCCAAAUUUACUGUAACAAAAUCAGAAGAGGAAGAUCCUAGUAAAGAUGCUUACAUCAUUGAGUGCCAAGGAAUGGGAAUGAUAAACUCAAACUUGUAGUAUUUGAGAAAACAAAUGUCCUAACAAAAGCAAAACUCAACAUACCUCAGUGAUGUAUUGCACUACAUUUCAUGGAUUGUAAUAUACUGGUGAGCAGCAGGAUUCUUCUGUCACAUCUGAAUGAUUUG